UGACAAUGGUAUGGGUUAAUGAAUUGUUGUGUUUGUGCAAAUUGGCUUAGUCUCUUAGCAAUUAUCAUAGACUGGAAAUGACCUUCCUUUCAAGUUUUCAUCCAUCAUAAUGUAUGAAAUUUAUCUAAAUUAGGCGUCUAUAUGUUGUGGUCUACACUUUACAUAUACAAAUAUACACUAUAUGAGCAAUAUUGAGCUUUAUAUUUUAUGAGUCUAAAAGGGAUGAACAUUAACUAUUGAGUGGUUAUGCAAAGUAUUAAGUAUGUGUAUAUAAUAUAUGUUAGAUAUAUGACUAAUUACUUAACUGGUUAAUUUGGUUUGACUGGUUAGGAGUGUUUGAAACCAAACCAAACCACCUAAACCAAAUAAGCUAAAAACUUUAACAAAAUCAAACCAAUUAUCUAAAUUAACCAAACCAAAUUAUCCAAAUAGUACCGGUUAAAACGAUUACCACGGUAACCAAACCGUUUGAACACCCCUACUUCCUCUGGCCCUCUCCUGAUCGUGACCUUCCUUUAGCUUUUAGUUGUUUUUUUUUUUUUCCUUUUUCUUUACCAAGAUAUCUUCACUGCUAUGUAUCUUGAUUCCUCCAUACUCCAUUUCCUGUUCUUGAGAGAAGAGAUCGUAUAGAGCCAUAGCCAGGGCGCCUGAAAGUGAGGAGUAGCCGGCGACCAAGAAUUUCAGAGGUUUUGAAGAAUCGGUUAGUUUCCUCUUUCUAUGAGUCACCGCAGAGAUAUCUAGAGAAUGUUUUUCCAAACGUACGUAAAACCCAAUUAAGCUUUACUUUAUAGUAAUCAUCUUUUGACUAUGCAGAUUUAGACUACAUUUCUUCUUGUUGUUGUGGUGGGUGUAAGGUUGAGCAGCUCUAGCACCGACUAAGCCAAACCACGCCACCCUUUCUUCCUCUCUAUUUCUCUUCCCACUCUGUUCCGAUCUUCUCGUAAUCCAUUGAGAGUGUUGACAGAUUUGAUGGUUGAUAUUAUUGACAAAUCUUUAAUCGUUCAUGUCAUCGCUUAGUCAACAUUAAUACACUUCGAAAAUUCCUAUUUCAUAUAUUCUCUAAUUUUAAAUUUUAUUACAUAUUAAAUUAAAAAAAUUUAUUUCUCUAAUAACUAUUAGUUCCCAUUCAGACAAGAAUGGGUGUUGUAAUUGUACCUUUGUUUCACAAUCGCACUGCAACCACAACAACAAAACCGUAAUGUUGUUAUGUUUGUCCAUAUGGUUAGGACUUAGGACCUUGAUGACAAGGUUGGUUUUGUCUAUGUAGUACUUUUGAAAGUGUUAUGAAUUUCAUCUACAUACUGAUCAUAUAGCAAUGGAAUGACUUUGAUUCUGUGAUGUAGCUUAUGCACAACGGACAGUAGUGUAAGAAAAGAAAACAUCAUGCUGCGUAGCAGAGUAGGGGCGGGAAGGAGGCAGCAGGUUCAAGUUGGAUCGCCAUGGGGAGAUUUGUGUGCGGAUAUCUUAAGCUCCAUAUACGAAAAGCUGCCUCCGAACCCAGGAGCUGCCGCUUGCAAUUCAGAUCAGUAUGUAAAAACUGGCGUCAAAUAUCUCAUCGCCACGCCGGGAAAUCCCCUGCUUCUUGGGCUCCCCUGAAGCCAGCAAUGUCGGCAGAAAUCCCCGGCAAGAUCCGCGAAGAAUUGAGCUGCGCCUGUAUUCGAUAUUGCUGGCCUGGGAGUGGGUGGUUGCUUCUGUCAAUUAGCGGUGUUGGAAUCAUGGGGCUUUUCAAUCCUUUUUUGCAUUGGCCUACUAGCUUCGUUCGGCUUCCUGCUCUGCCUCACUCUGUUUCACAGCCACCGUCAAAAGCCGCCUUCUCUGCCCCACCGACCGAUCCUGACUGGACCAUCUUCAUCGUGCGGGACAGCUGCAGCUUCAGCACGUUCCGUCGCGGCGAGCUGCGGUGGAGCGAUUACACUUGCAGAGGCAAGGGGAACCGCCGAUAUUGCGAUGGGAUCGGGUACAGGGAAGGGAGCUUCUUUUGCUUGUUCGAUACGGGAGAUGUUUUGAUCUUUGGAGUUGGCGCCGGUCGGCGGAUGGGAGCGAUGCUGGUGGCUGUAGCUGCUCCUCCGGCGAUGGUGAUGCUGGUGAGGCAGAAUCGUUUGCGUGUUGUUGCAGCGGUGGCGGGAUCGGAUGGGGAAUUUCUGGUGAUGAGUUGGGGCAGAGGAGGCGGCGGCAGCGGGAUCCGGUUGCUGCACGUGGAGAGGAAAACAAGGGAACAGUUGCAGGAUGGGCGCGGGUGGGGAUCAGACAUUUUAGUGAAGGAGUGGGCGAGCUUGAUUGUUGAGGAAACGAGCUUGCCUCCAAUGGUUGCCGAUGUUCUUGAUCUUUGCCCAUGGUUUUUAGCUUUCUACAUUGUUUUGUUCUUCCUUUCCCUUCACCUUUUCUUCAUGUGGGGGCGAAAUUAUUGACGCGAACAAAAUUUGCACUCACCAAAUUUCCAAGGAUUGAACUCGUCAAAAUUUGCACUAUUUCCUUAGGCAUGUCACAUGUGCCUCUCAAGUCUGGAACAAAGAGUCUAGGACAAGAAACUAUUACUCAAAAUGGUUCAAUACUUCAAACUAUGAGAAUUCUGGAAAUAAUGAAGUGAAAAUCUUGAUUUCACGUACAAUUGAAAACUCAAGUAACAUCGAAAUUGUAGAUUAAAAUAGUAUGAUUUUAAGGUUUAUCCAAAAAUUAAUAACUUAAAAACCAAAUAGUAAUAAAUUUUAUGAAUAAUC